ACACAGACCGCCCCACCGGGUCUAACCCGAGAAACCCGCGGCCAGCCCCCGCAGGCCCGGACCCUGGCCCCCGGCCCUGUUGUCAUCCUCCUGCGGCUCCCGCAUCUCUAGCUCUCACGUGCGCACCGCCUGCUCGACGCAAUUCCCCACUCGCCCACCAACCUUCCCGUCCCCGAUGGCGAUCAUGGCGGCCACCGCCACUGCCGUGGCUUCCCCCUCCAGCUCCACCUCGCCAGGUCCCCUCCAACCCAGCCCCCGCUUCCUCCCUCCCGUCUCCACGCCCGCUCGCUGCCAUCUCCUCCCCAAGCCGCGGCGGUGGUGCGCGCGCCUCCACAUCGAGCGUCGGGUGGCCGUCGGCAGCGACGUGUCUUCGUCCCAUGACGUGGCUGCCGAGGAGGCCGCUGCUGCGCCCAAGGUCGGGAAGCGCGUGCGCGUCACGGUGCCCGUCCGCGUCCACCACGUUGCCAAGGCGCCCGGCCUGGACCUGCGCGGCAUGGAGGGCGUCGUCAAGCAGUACAUCGGCGUUUGGAAGGGGAAGCGCAUCACGGCCAAUCUCCCAUUCAAGGUAGAGUUCGAGCUCAAGCUGGACGGCCAGGACAAGCCGGUCCGGUUCAUCACCCACCUCCGCGAGCAAGAGUUCGAGAUCCUCGGGGAGGAAUAGAGCUCUGGACUAGAGAAUAACGCGCUCUCAUCGGCGGCUGUGGCAUCUGUAUACUAUUGUGUCUGCGCUAAAGAAGAACGUGGUCGAGGGUGCGGGGAGAAUAGGAGAUUGCAACUUUGCUAACAGCUCGCUGGUGGGCACAGGUGUUUGGAUUUCAAAGCGUCAACAAAUGGGAAUAAGUUCUGAUCAGCUUCUGCUGCUUUCAGAGCCAUCAUUCCUGCACAAUUGGCAAAUGGUACUUGGACAGUUGAAAAUCCCAAAAACAUCACUAAUCCUUUCAUUGAGGGCUGGCGGAAUUCUAUGGCUGAUAUGGAGGACAUAUAUAGUUCUCUAUCAUUGAGGGAUGUCAAAAUGAAGAUGGUGAUAUGAGUGAAACAAAUUAUUCAACAAUUUAGAGCUACAACGGCCUAAGAACAUUCUCUGUUAGAGCUACUGGAGCAUCAACAUGUAGGAACAGUGACCAUCAGGUACUUAACCACUGAGGACCUUAUUCUGCUCCUACUUUAAACAUUUUCAUAAUUGUUACUUUUCUUGCAGUAAUAUAGUUUACUGAAAAUAAUUCUCUUGCUACAUUUGACCAAGGACUUUCUACAACUGGAAGAUACUAUUUCUCCAGGAGUUUCUUUCAAGUUGAAAACUUACGCAAAAUAUGCUAAUUGGAAGCCUUAUAAGUUACUCAUAACUUUUCAAGUCUUUUCCCUUACAUUGAUUUAAGCAUUUGCCUCUAGCAGUAUAUAUUGGAGCACUCUCUUAUGAACACUUGCUUGCUUACAUGUAAAAUUCCGCUGACUAGUCAUAUCUGGAGAAUCGAAAAAGUUAGUUACCUGUUGCGAACCUGAGCAGCUUUUUAGGGUCUUUUCCCUUUCUCAGUUUAAUAAUUUGUGUUUCGUCAAUAUGUCUGUGGAGAUAAUCUGGCUGUGAGAAGAAUCUGUGUAUUGUGGGGAUUAUGUGCGGAGGAAGAUGAAGUGGUCCAAAUGGUUCAGGAUCUAGAAAGCGAUGGAUUUCUACUAUCACGACGACUCGACCGAUUAUGUGUUCAUGUUGAUUUUCGACGGUUUUUACCAACGCGGUUCUUAUAGAAGUGGGCUGAAAAACUAGGGCAUUUGACAGUCUGCAACAACUUUUGGUGGCCAGAAGCCGAAAAAAAGCCCAAACAAACAUGGCCUUAGUAUCAGUGUUAUGCAAGAUUGAAGUUAAAUUCCUAAGUUUCAAUAUACUACUGUCUCAGUUGUGCAUUUCUAAA